CGAGGAGAGCGGACGUAGAGCCUGCGCCGCCCAUCGUCGCGUCGCCGCGCCUCUUCGUCGAUCGUGUGUCCGCUCGCGCGCCCGCGCCGUGGGGCCGACCCGUGCCGUGUUGUGUCGCCUUGCUCCGUUCGCGAAGUGUGCUGUGCAUGCGAGUGUGUGAGUGCGUGUGUGCGAGCGUUAGCGCUCCCAGUGGCAGUUGCGAUCAAGACCGCUAUGGAAGUGAAGUGACACCCGAGUCCUGUUUGAUUUUGGAUUAGUGCGCCGCCGCGAGGAGUUGCAGCCGUUCCUGGAUACAGUGUGCGUGUGUGUGUGUGUGUGUGUGCGUUCGUGUGCGUCAGUGUGGACUUCCCUGCGCGUUGUCCAGUGUAGUGGCCGUGGCCAUGGCGGGCCGCGGACCCGGCCGUCCCCAGUGUGACUCGAAGACCCCCGAGCUUGUGAACAAGGGUUGACGUUAUCGGUCGACAUAGACCCGCCGCGCAGUGACGGGCCCGAGGCGAUUGGACGGACUAUCAGUGGCCAGGACUCUAAGGACUCUGAGGACUCAGUCCACGCCACGAUGCGCGAGGUGCUGAACCUCGUGUCCGGCGGCGGCGGCCCCGGCGGCGGUCCGGGCCCCGGCACCGCCAUCAGCAGCAACAACAACAACAACGACACCACUCUGGAUAAAAGUGACGACGACGCCAACAACAACGGCUGCCGGGACGACAGCGCCGCGGCGGGCACGGCGUCGACGGACGCGGGGGAGGCCGCCGCCGCUGCCGCCGCCGUCGUCAAGAUGCUCAGCUCCCAGCCCGGCUACCUGGAGCUGAGCGAAGAGCGCGCCAAGGAGCUGCUCUCUGAGCGGCCCAUCGAGGAGCUGUACGAGGUGGAGGACCAACCCUUUGCAAGGGGCAAGUACGCGACGGUGCGGCGGUGCCGGUGCCGGUCGACGGGCCAGCAGUUCGCCGCCAAGGUGGUGCGCAAGCGACGCCGCUCCGCCGACCUCCGCGCCGAGAUCCUCCACGAGGUGGCCGUGCUGGACGCGUGUCGGGGCUGCCCCCGCAUCGUGCGCCUGCACCGCGUCUUCGAGUCCCCCGGCGACAUGGUGCUGCUGCUCGAGCUGGCUGCGGGCGGCGAGCUCCAGAUGGUGCUGGACCGCGACGAGGUGCCAGAGGAGCGCGAGGUGGCGCGCCUCAUGCGCCAGAUCCUGCACGGCCUCAUCUACCUGCACGACAUCAACGUGGCGCACCUGGACCUCAAGCCGCAGAACCUGGUGCUGACCGGCGACUUCCCCGACUGCGACGUCAAGCUGUGUGACUUCGGCAUCUCACGGUACCUCAGCGAAGGCGCCGACGUGCGGGAGAUCUUGGGCACCCCCGACUACGUGGCCCCCGAGGUGCUCAACUACGAGCCCAUCAGCCUGGCCACGGACAUGUGGUCCGUCGGGGUGCUCCUGUACGUGCUCCUCACCGGGUGCUCGCCGUUCGGCGGCGAGACGAAGCAGGAGACCUUCUGCAACAUCUCGCAGUGCCGUCUGGACUUCCCAGACGAUCUGUUCGAGGAUGUUAGCGACAACGCCAAAGACCUGAUGCGCAAGCUGAUUGUCAAGGAUCCUAAGCACAGACUGAGUGCCAGCGAGUGCCUACAGCAUCACUGGUUCGCCGGGCAGGGCCGCGUGGACCUGGUCCUGGCACCGAGCACCACGACGACGCCGAGCACCCCGAGCACGCCGCCCGUCCGGAGGCACAGCGUGGCGUGUCCCUCCUCACCGCCACCCCUGCCCACCACGCCGCCGCCCACCGCCGCCAAGACCACCACCACCACCACCACCCCGCCCGGGUCGCCGACGGCGCCCUCGCGGCGGAUACCCGCCACGGCGAAGGACAGCUUGGACUCGCGGCGGACGAGGGAAGGUCCUUGCAGGUCGCAGUCGGCACACGCGCUGGUGUCGACGCCGGCGUCGCGGCGCUUGGCAUCGGCCGACAGCCUGGACGCGCUGGACGCGCUGGACCGGCUGCCGUCGGCGCAGUCGACGCCACGCAGCGGCAUCAGCGCCGUGCGCCGCAACACGUUCCUGCGCAACAUGGAGAGCAUCGCCAAGAGGCUGUCCGUGACCGGCGACGCCGAAGUCCCCUCCCCCGUCGCCUCGCCUCCCAGGACGCCCACCAGGACGCCAAGUCGCACUGCGGCGCGCGCCACCGCCAUGCAGACGAUGCCCGUGCGGAGCGUGAGCGUGGAGGCGCCCAGCGGGCAGGCGACGUCGACGGCCACCUCGGCGUUCACACCGGGACUCGUCGGGCUGGCCACCUCUUCCGUCGACCUGAGGUCGGACGUGCUCGCCAGGGACUUGCUCGCCAAGGACAAGGAGGCCAUUUUCAAGUACCGGAAGGUGUUUGUCCUGGAGGAUGUGGACGCCGACGACCUGGGCGCGCUGUCGCACCUCCCCCUGUCGUCCAUGUCACCGCCGCCCUCCAUCAACGGCUCCACCGGCUCGUCCGUGUACUCGGACACGUCCAUCAGCGACUCGAGCAGCGACACGGUCAGCGAGCUGUCCGUGGACUCGUCCAGCGACCGCUCCAGCAUCAUCUCCCUGGACCACGACGAGGCGUACCCCUGGGACGUGGCCAUGGGCUACCGGCUGGGGCUGGGGCUGGGCCCCGCGUCCGCCACGCGCCUCAGCUACAACGUGUGGGAGCGCCAGGGCCAGCUGGCCAGCUCGGCUCCCUCGGCUCCCUGGGCGCGCUGGGCACCCUGGGCCCGCGGCCCGCCAGGCUGUUCCCCAGGGAGUGCAACGGUUCGUUCGCCCGCGCGCUGUCCCGCUUCGCCACCGAGCCCGAGGACAAGGCGCAGGGCUUCGACGGCCAGGGCCAGACCGCGGGGGACGCGAGGCCGAGGCCGAGGCCCACGGCCAUGUCGGUGCACAACAAGCCCAUCCUGAACAAGCUGGCCCUGAUGCAGACGGCCAUGAACAAGGGCAAGCGCUGCGGGCUGGAGCUGAUGCGCGAGAAGAACGGCAACCUGGUGGUCAUUAGGGAAAUUCGGGAAGUGAAGCCCGGCGGCAGAUACGCCCGGUUCAGCGAGGUCAAGUGUGAGUCUGUCCAGUCGCGGAUCCGCAAACUGCAAGUUCAGGGCGCAAAGUCAUAAUUAGUGAACUUUUGUUGUCAUGUGAUUUUUACUUAAUUUGACUUAGAUUAGGUGUAUUUAAUUAAUCUAAGGACUCUUGUAGAAUAUGGGACCAUAUUUAAAUUAACUUAUUGUGACAAUUCUCUGCAUUCCUUGGUGAAACUUGGAUUUUGUGCUUUGUGUGUGAUUGUGUGAAUGUACGUAUAUGCAUGUACCAGAGGAGAUGUGCAAACAGUUUGUAUCAAUAAUGAAAUCAAAUUGUGGACAUGUACCAGUCACGUGUAGCUAAAUUUUCAGUAUAUGGAGACUGCUUUAAUGAAAGUGUUUUUAUGCCAUGGAUAUCUUCUGUUUGCACAUCUCGGGAUCAGCCAUACAUAGUAUACUUAAGCUUUCAUGAAUCUGUGUGUUCUGUGAUUCAAGUUCUAAAUGACGCUAUGCUUUGAGAAAAUCAAAAAAUGACCAACUUUUCAUCAUUGCCUGUAAUCAUCACUUUUUAAGCAAGUUCACCAAAUAAAUGUUGAAAAUAUUGUGAACAUUUUAAUAAGUGAAUGAUGAUACUUGCCAUUUUAGCAAGGAGUGGUGUUAAAAUUUUUCUAUCUUCUUUUUUAAGAAAACACCUAAGUUUUCAGGAAUAAUUAUUUUGGUGUUGUAAAGUUGUUUUUUCCACCCUCCAACAUAAAGUGUACUCAUGAACUGAAUAUCUCUGUUGUCUAUAUGUGCCCUUCUGUAACAUAAUGCUAGUCAUUUUCCCUAUUAUAAUUUUUAUGUUGUACAGUCCUUUUUUAAAUUUUGUUGAUUUGUUGAUGCGUGAUAAGAUAAACAUUGUGUACAGCAUAAGGUUCAAAGGUCAGAAGCAGAGACAAUUUUUAUGCCUCUUGUGCAAAAUGCUCAACUGUUAAUAUUUUAUAUGUUACUCAAAGAAAACUGAUAAAUCCACAAAUUAUACUCCCAUUCAUAAUUCUUGGAACAAUGUUAAGAGUAAAUGAUCUUAAAAAGUUCAUAAUUACCCGUAUUUUGAAAACAGCUUGCAAGGCAUUUUUCCAUAAUGACAUUUUAUUUUAUCUUUGCAGUGCUUUUAGUCCCUUUGAAGGACUAUUGGAUUUCAUUUUGAGGCUCUGUCAAUGUCUUGCUGUAAAAGUCUGUGUAUUCUAGAAGUGACAUAAAUAUAUUUUGAACAACAGCUUUGAAAAAAA